AUGAACUUAAAAUCAAAUCAGGAAACGGCGUGCACAUUGCUCGUCGGUUACGAUGGUAGUAAUGUUAAUUCAACUGAUCUUAAAAUGGCCUUGGAGAAGGGCGAUACGAAUGCCCGUGCAGAGGCACUAGAGACGAUGAUUCGACUUCAUGUGAAUGGUGAGCCACAGAAUCAUAUGAUUAUGUCUGUUAUUAAAUAUAUUACUCCACUUGAGGAUCAUCUUAUUAAAAAGCUAGUGCUGUACUUCUGGGAGGUUGUUGAGAAGACUGAUAGAAAUGGAAAAUUACUGAGUGAAAUGAUUCUUAUUUGUUCCUUCCUGCGAGAAGAUCUUCUUCACCCAAAUGAGUACGUACGUGGCCUUACGUUGAGGUUUCUUUGCAAGGUAAAGGAAAAGGAAUUGGUUGAACCUCUGAUAUCGUCUGUUGUUCAGAAUUUGUCACAUCGAGUUACGUAUGUCCGUCGUAGUGCUGUGUUAGCUGUGCAUGCCAUUUGUAGGAGAUUCCCCGAUCUUCUUCCGGAUGCACCUGAACUGGUUGAGAAAUUCAUUGGUGAUGAGAAUGAUGUUUCUGCGCGUCGAAAUGCUUUUGAUAUGCUUGUGGAAUGUGCACCUGAACGAGCUGUGCGAUUCCUAACAAUGUUUCGCGAAACCACAGAUAUGGCAGAAGCUGGAGCUGCUUUUCAGGUUUCUGUUGUUGAUUUUGCUCGUCAAAUGAUACGAGCGAAUCCAUAUGAUAAAGCCAAGUAUGUAGCUAUCCUUUUUAAUAUUUUACAGUCUAAGAAUCCGGCUGUACGCUUUCAAUGUGCUUCAACAUUGUUGAAUUUAUCUUCUUCUCCUACAGCUAUUCGUCAGGCAGCAUUAACUUUUAUUGACUUGCUCAAGACACACUCUGAUAAUAGUGUACGACUUAUUGUUAUAGACAAAUUAGAUGGUAUGCGAGCGAGAUUCAGUGAAGUUUUGCAGGAUUCUCUCUUGGAUGUUGUGAGUGCCUUGGCUAAUGGUUCUACAGAGAUACGUAAACGAAUAGUGGCACUCGCAGUAGAGCUUGUCUCAAGUAAGAAUGUUGAACUUUUUAUACAAGCCAUGAAAAAAGAACUUUUACGUUCCCAAAGUGAAGGUGAUCUUGUAGAUCAAACUUCUAUGCAAGAAUAUAAACGUUUAUUAAUUCGUGCUAUUCGUACCUCUGUGAUUCGUCAACCUCACAUGGCAUCUUCUGUGUUACCUAUUAUGAUGGAUUAUACCUGUGAUUCAUCAAAUGGUGGUUAUGAAGUUAUAUCUUUUAUUCGUGAAAUUUUACAGAUGCAACCAUCACUUCGUGCUAGUACAUUAAAACAGUUAAUGGAAGUUUUUCCUAUGAUUACUUCACCCCAGGUAGUACGAAGUGCUCUCUGGUUAUUUGGAACUCAUGUCUACUCUGUAGAUGAGGUAUUAGGAGUACUUGAACUUCUUCAAAAAUCUCUUAAACCAUUUCCACUCACACCACCAGUUUCUAAUACUUUAUCUACUGGCGGAGAUUCCAAUACACCACCAGCUCCAGUUAUGCAAGCUGUCACUACUGUACGAGAAGAUGGAACUUAUGUAACUUCCUAUACAGCUGUUCCUGCUACAUCAGUAACAACAGAAUCUAUGAAUGAGAUGGGUGAAUCAUCUAAUGGUCUACGAUUACUUAUUACUAAGGGUAAUUACUUUGUUGCAACAGCUCUUGCUAGUACCUUAUCAAAACUUAUUGUUCGAUUGUUUAAUCAUUUUAAUGAUGCUGUGGAUUUAACAGUUAAGGAGAGAGCCCGAGAUGAUGCGUUGAUGUUACUACAAGAAAUUAUUCGAUAUGGUACUGCUCCAGAUACAGUACAUGUCAUAGAUGAAGAUUCUCAUGAACAUAUUUGUUUAGGAAUUAUGUCUAUUACAAAUCCGAAAUCUUCAAUUUUGACAUCUUUUGUAGAUGAAUCUCAUAAAGCUCUUAGUACGGUGGAAAGUACUGUAGCUGGUGGUGCUGUUGGUGAGUCUGGAACUAGUGAAGCAUCCAAGGCAAAGGAAUCUGUUACUCUCUGUAAUAUUGAUAUGCCAGUUAUAUUUACACAACUUAAACAAGGGAAAGAUGCUUUUCUUGAACUUGAAGCUGCAGAUGAUUUGGGCCAUGCUAUUGCGAAUGACUCUAUUGAUAAAACAGAGGAAUUCCUUAAACGAUUGGAAAAAACUAUUCCACUCUCUGGAUUCUGUGAUCCGGUGUAUUGUGAGGCAACGGUAACUGUACACCAAUUUGAUGUAUCUGUUGAUUGGUAUUUGGUGAAUCGUACACCGCAUUUAUUACAAGAUCUAACGAUAGAGUUAACUUCACUUGGAGGUAUGAAGUUAUGUGAACGUCCACAAGUACAUAAUUUACCUCCACAUGGUACUCUUAAACAACGUACAGCUUUAAAAGUAAGUUCUACAGAGACAGGUGUUAUUUAUGCUAAUAUUCUUUAUGAUGCCCCUAAUGGUGAACGAUGCUGUGUAAUAUUAAAUGAUAUCCAUGUUGAUAUUAUGGACUACAUUAGACCAGCAUCAUGUUUAACGACAGAAUUCCGUGAAAAGUGGGGUACAUUUGACUGGGAAAAUACUAUUGCUGUAAAUACCGAUAAAACAGAUUUACGUGAUUACGUGGAAUUUGUAAUGCGGGAAACAAAUAUGCAAUUGUUAGAGCCAUACCCAGAUGUGGAGGCGGAGACAAGUGAAUCGGGAGAACUUCAAGGACUCUCACCUCUUAGUAAUGAUGAUGAUUACGAUUGUGUCUCUUGCAGUCUUUACGCCCGCACGGUGUUUGGUGAAGAUGCGUUGGCAAAUGUCUCACUUGAACGAGACGCACAUUCAAAGAUCACAGGUGUAGUGCGUAUUCGAUCAAACACACAGUCCAUUGCGUACGGUAUUGGAGAACGGCUUAGCUUAAUUGAUAAGGGAGGAAGACAGUAG